AUGACAUUUUUUACAACAAAUAAUGAAAGCAAAAAGGACUGCUAUGUUGUGAAUGAAACUAAUAAAGUUUUUGAUCAGCUACGUUGCGAUUUUAAAGAAAUUAGUAGUGAAUAUGAAAUAAAAGAUAAUAAAAACGAAAAAGAAACAAAAAUAAAAUUUAAUGAACAUUUUAUAAACCCUUCAAAUGCAUUAGAUAUAAGAGAAAAAAAAAACGAAGAGGCACCUCCCCUAGGUGUUUUAGACAAAAUAGAAUCAAAAGUAAAUAAAAAUUCUAAAAAUAAUUUUAGUUUUUACAAUAGAAAUGAAGACCAUUUAGAAGAGAAAAAUAGAAAUCCAAAUGAUACUGAAAAAAGAUUCAAUGAAUAUGAAGAAAAAAAUUCAGACUUUAGCAAAAAUUUUGAAAAAGAAGAUAAGGAGUAUUUUAAUAAAUUUGUGUCUCAUAAUAAUAUUGAAAAACUUAAAAUAAUUCAGUAUUAUAAUAACGAUAAUUUUAGUAAUGAUACAAUUAAUAAUAAUUUUAGUAAUAAUUUAUCAAGUAAUGCAAGUUUCAUGCAGGACAAAGUAAAUAAUACUAAAUUAAUAAAUGCAGAUGCCUCUAAUAAAGAGAAUAUUUUAGAAAAAGAAGACAAAAAUGAAAGAGAAAGCGAAAGUGAAAGCGAAAAUGAAAAUGAAAAUAUAUUUUGCAAGAAAAAUAAAAAUGAUGAAAAUAAUGAUGAGAAAUGUAAAAAAAAUAAAAGUGAAGAUUAUAAAAAAAGUAAAAAUAAUGAAAAUGAAAGGGAAAUAAACGAAAUUUAUUAUAAUGUUAAAGAUGAAAAUGAAAUAAAUGAAAAUAAUAAUAGAGAAGAUUUAAGGAAUAAUAUAAUAAAAAAUAACAUAUUUGAUAAUAAAUUAUUAAACGAAGAAAAUUAUAAUAAUAAUAAAAGUCUUUUGAUUGUUUCUGAUGAAAAGGAAAAAGUAAAAGAAUCAAAAGAAAAGUUAGAUAUUUCAUUGAUAUUUAAAAAUAGGAAGGACAAUACUAAUUCUGAAUUAAAUUAUAAUUUAAAUAAUUUAGGUGAUGGUUCUGAAUGUUCUUCAUUAAAAAAAGAUAUAAAUUCUAAUAAAAGUAAAGAUGAUAAUUAUGUGAAUAAUAUAAAUGAAUUCAAUGAAAUAAAUACAUACACAGAUAAAACAUAUAAUGAAUUAAAUACCGAAAAAAGGAAUAGUAAUUUUGAAUAUCUAGAUAAUAGUAGAAGUAGCUCAGACCAAAUAGAACAAAUCUUUUCUAAAUAUAAUAUAGAAGUUUCUCAUUUAUCAAAAUAUUUUGACUUUAAUAAUAAUGAUAUAAAAGAAAAUUUAGAAACGAUGUUAGAUAAUGAAAAAAAUAAUAUUAGUAUCUUAUAUGAGAAGAGUAAAAAAAAAAAGAAGGAUAAUGAAAUGAAUCAAGAAUACAAUUCUGAAUAUUCAAGUAAUUCAUCUCAUUUUAAUAGAAAAAAAAAAAUAAAAAAAAAUGGCUUAACCUUUACCAAUUUAGAGGAAUUGGAUAAAAAUUCAAUAAAAAAAAAAAAUUCGAUGACUUAUUCAAUUGAAGAAGAAACAUUUAAUUCGGAAAUAAAUGAAAACAAUUACAUAACAGAGGACGUUUUAAAAGAUAUAUUAAAUAUAAAAGAAGAAAAAAUAACUUUUGAAAUUUUUAAAAAUUAUUUUUCUAAUUUAAAUUAUGAUAUUAAAUUGUCAAAUAUUCAAUUAUUAUACAAUUGUAUCAAGGAGAAUCUUGUAAAUAAUACAACAGAAAAUGAAAUGGAAAUUAAGGAAGAAGAAAUAAGAAAAGGUAGUAAUAGUAAUAGUAAUAAAGAAGAUUACAUAACUGUUAAAGAUAUAAGAUCUUAUAUCAUUCAUAGGAAUACUAAAAAUAAUAAUUAUUACAAUGAAAUUAUUAAAAUGAUAGUACAUUUCAAUAAUAUCUUAUUAUUAAUGUUGAAUAAUAAUAGAAUUGAAAUGAAAGACAAAGUAUUAUUUGAGUUACUAUCUUUAAAAUUUUCUUCUAUAUUUAAUGAUAUAUUACAAAUGAAUAGCAAUUUUGACAAUUUAAUUAGGCAUUUAAAUGAAAUUAUAAAAUUGAUUUUAUCAAAUGAUUCUAAAGAACAAAAUUUAAAGAAUAUAAUAUCUAAUUAUUUAAAUGAUCAAAAAAUAUUAAUUCAUAAGAAUGAUAUAUUAUCACAAUUAAAUAAUAAAUUCAGUGAAAAGGUGAAAACAAAUUAUUCUGAAAAGGAAGAAGUAGAUAAUUUAAAAAUGGAAUAUAAAGAAAUAGGAGAAAUAAAAAAAGAAAAAGAAAUUAAAAUUGAAAAUGAAAACGAAAACGAAAACGAAAACGAAAGCGAAAACGAAAACGAGAGUAAAAAUGAAAAAAAAAUAAAUCAUUUUAUAGAGAAUACGAAAAUAGAUAAAUCAAUGAAGGAUAAUAGCAAAAACAUUAAAACAAAAAAUAAUAGUGCAAGUAUCAAAAAUAAUUUGAAUAAUUGUUCCAAUAAAAAUAGCAAAAAAAAUUCUACUAAUAAUACUGAAGAACACAACAAAAAAUCAAUUUAUAUUUUAAAUGAUAAUGAAAAUGAUACCCGUUAUUUAACAAAAGAUAUUAUUAUGAGUGAAAUAAAUAACACAAAAGAUAUUUGUGAAAAUGAAGAUUUAAAAAAAAAUAAAAAUAUUACAAAAAAAAAAAAAAAGAGAACAAAUGCAUCACUUUUAAAAAAUUAUGUUGUAUCAAAUGAUUUGGAUAAUGAAAAAAUAAAUGAAGAACAAAUCUUGAAUAUUAAGAAAAGCAUAGUAGACGCAAAUCAAAAACUUGAGGAUGCUAUUGAAAAAAAUAUUGGAGAAAUAAGGAAAUUGAAAGAAAAUAUUGGAACAAUUAAAAAUACAAGUUUACAGGAUGAAAAUAUAAACGAGGAAGAAAAUGAAAAGAAUAAAAAAAUUAAAAAAAGUAAGAAACUUAGCAAGAAUGAAAAAAUUGAAGACAAUGAUAAUAAAAUUAAAGAGAUCAAUUUCAGUAGUGUUGAAAAUAAUAAAAAAUUAGAACAUACUAAAAAUAUUAAAAAUAAAAAAAAUAAAGAAGAUAAAAAGGAAACAGAAAAUAAAAAAAUUGUGACGAAUAAGAAAAAUGACAAAAAUAGUAAAAAUGAAAAAAGUAGCAAAAAUAUAGAAAAUAAGAAAAAUAGGGAAGGUAUUAAAAACACAGAAAACGAAAAUUAUAAAAAAAAGUAUAUGCAAAAUUUUUUAAUUAAAAAGGGUGAAAAUAAGGAAAAUAAUAAUAUUAAUUAUAUAAAUUGUAGUAAUGAUAUUAAUAUUGAAAAGUUUCAUAAUUAUUCUAAAAAAUAUAAUUCAAUAAAUAUCAUGAACAAGCAUAAUCUAAAUAUUUUACAAAAAAAUAUGUACAAUAGUCAUAACGUUCCAUUUAAAGGAUCUAAUAUACCUAAUAUAAAUAAAGUAAACGAAAAUAUACAUAGUAGUAUAAAUUACAUAAAUAAUUAUAAUAAUUAUUUAGGAAAAGAUAUAGAAAAAAUUUCCUUAAAUAAUUUAUCUAAUUCUAGUGAAUAUCAAAAAAUGAACAAUAUAAGGAACCAAAACGCAAAUUAUGAAAAGAAUAAUAUUAAUUGUAUAAAUGAAAUAAAAUCGAAUGAUUUUUUUAAAAACGAAGUAAUCCAAAAUGCAAUAAUGAAAAAUAAUAAUUUAAAUUGUGUCUAUCAAAACCAAUUUCAGCAAAAUGAAAAAAAUAUUUUAAAUGCUCCUUUUAAUUCAAAACAUAUUUUAGAUAAAUUAAAUAUCAAUAAAAAUAAUGAUUAUUUAAUGCAAGCAAAUAUACAAAAAUAUAAUAACAUAAUUUCAAAUCCUAAUACAAAAUAUAAUAUUUUUGAUAAUAUUAUAAACAUAAAUAAUAAGAAUGAGAACAAUCAACAUCCAAUAAAUUUUUAUCAUAGGAAUUCCCUAGAAAAAAUGAAUGUUAAAAUUCCAGAAAAAAAAGCAAUAAAUAACUCAAAUGAUAUUAUUUUAAAUAAAGUUUAUAAUAAUAUUAUAAAUAAAAACUGUAACAUUAAUAAUGAUAAUGAGAAUAAUGUGAAUAAUAAAGAUACAUUUACUGAUAAAAAAAAAAUUGAUAUUAUGAAAGAUAAACGUAACAACAAUGUUAAUGAUGCAAUUAAUAUAAAUAGUGACAAUAAAAGAAUUAAAAAUGCCGAUAGCUUAUGUAAUAUAAGAAAAAGUACUCCAUUUGAAAGUAAACGUUACAGUAUUAAUUAUAAAAGUGUAUUAAAUCCUAAUACAUUCUAUGAUUUAAAGAGAAAUGGUGAUGUUGUAAAUAAUAAAAUCAAUUUAUUCUCACGUGGAAAUAUUUCUAAAAGUAUUAAUAGGAAUAUUAGCUCUAAAAGUGAGGUCGAUUCAUUAAAAAUUAUUAAAGAAAAUUUAAAUAGUGAAUGUGCAAAUAUUAAAUCAUUUAAAAUAGAAAAUGCCUUAUCCAAUUUAUCAAAUGAUGAAAAAAACAUACCGGAAUUUAAAGAAAAAGAUAAAAAGUCCGCAUAUACUCGUAUUACUGAGAUGUUUUCGCGCCAAAUAAAUAAUUUCAAACUACGAAACAACAAAUCAUUGAGGUCUACAACAAUUGAAGGAAGAAUUUCGUUAUCAAAUAAUAGUGAUAAUAAUAAUGAAGAGAAAAAAAAUAAUAAUAAAAAUAACAUAAAAUUUUUGAUAGAUCAAUUAAAUUUUUUUCAAAAUAAAUGUACACCUAUAAAAAAUUCUAAUUCUAAGGAAGAAGAAAAAGGAGAAAAAGAAAGAAAUGAUGAUGAUAUAAUAAAAGUAGCUAGCAAUGAUGUAAAUAAUAUUUGUAUACAAAAUAAUAAAAUGAAUGACAGCUAUAAGAAAAAUCAAGAAAAUGAAAAUCAAAUUAAUUAUGUUGAAAGAAGAAAUAAAUCAUCUAUUAGUGAUAAUAUAAAUAAAAAUACAAACAACUUAAGUAAUAUAAAUAAUUUUUUAUAUAAUAUAGAAAAUGUAAAUCCUAUGAAAAGAAUAAAAAGUAUAAAUGUUAGAAAAGAUAAAUUAAGCCAUAUUACAAAUAAUAGAGUAAGUGAAGUAAAAAAAAUAAAUAACAAUAAUAAUGAUGUUAAAAGUGUUUUGAAUAAUAAGAUGGGUGAAAUUAAAAAUAUAAAUAAUGUGGUAAAUAACAAUAAUAUUAAAUAUUACAAUGACGCCUGUAAUAACAUAAUAAAUAGUAACAAUAAUACUUUAUAUGCAUAUAAUAUGAACAUUGAUAAUUCAAAUAUGAAUUAUAAUAAAAAUUACAGUGCGAAAAUAUUAAACAGAGGCCAAAAUAUGAGAAAAACGAAUUCUCAUUUUGUAAAUUUUAAUAAAAUAAGUGGAGAUGCCUUUACUUUUCAACAAGGAAACAACCUUCAUCAUAACUGUUCAUCAAUUGACAGAUCUAGUGUAACAAAAAAUAUUUUAAAGUUAAAAGAAAAAGAAGAUGAAUCAAGUAUAUAUGAGAUGAAUAUGAUGAAAGCUCCAUUUCUCAUUAAAAAAAAAGGAUUUUUUGAUGAUUUAAAAAGGAGUGAUAUAUUGCGAGAUAGCAAAAAUGGUCAAAAUGAUGACAACAAUAAAUGCAUUAUUAACAGUAAUUUUGAUGAAUAUAAUUAUGUUAAAAGAAAUUUAAUGAAUUCUUUUAUGGAGUCAAAGCAAUUACAAAAGGAAAAUCCAAGUCAAAACUUAAAUAACAAUAUAUUUUUGAAAAAUCACAAUUUCAAUAAUCAUUAUAAUAUGCCAUUACAUAAUCAAAAAUUAACUACCUUACAUCAAGUAAGUGCUCAAAAAAAUAAUUUAAAUUUAUUUAAUCUACCAGACAGUGUGAAUAAAAAUUAUAUUUUUAAAACACCUUCCUUACCAAAAAAUAAUAUAAUACAAAAUAAUUAUCAAAAUAAUUUAAUCCACUCAAAUUAUAGAAAUAUGCAAAAUGCACUAAAAGAAACUAAAUCUUUUUAUAAUAAAAAUGACAAUUACCAUUUUUCUUCUAAUUCUUUAAAUAAAUUUCAAAAUAAUUUUUCUUCUAAUAAUGUAAUGAACUUAUCUCCUAUUGAUAAAAAUAACUUAUCUAUAGAAGAAAUUCUGAAAAUACCAGGAGUAAAGUUAGGCAGAAAUUAUGUCCAAGAUAUAGAUAUAUGUUCCGAUUGGUUAAAGUUUAAUGAUUAUGAUAAGAAAGUAAUUGAAAAGUCAUUAAAAAAUAGUUUAGUAAAUAAAAAUUAUGAGAUGCCUAUUGAAGGCACUCAAAUUAAGCAUAAAAUUUCUUCUAACAUAAAAUAA